AUGAUAAGAAUAUAUAUUUUUUUUAUUUUCCUAGUUUUUACAAUUUGUUUAAAUAAUGUGAAUGCGGUCAGCCAUAAAAAUUUUUUUACCAUAAGCCACGCAAAUGCACCAACAGCGUGGAAGUCCAACCAACAGAGAAAAUUUGCAUAUGUGGACCUGGCAAGAAACAAAGACAAAGAAGGAAAGAGAAAUCUGCUGGACGGAAAUGCGAGGAAACAAAAGUGCCCACUGAGGAAGGUCUCUUUCGCAGGUCUCAUGGGAGUAUCUGGAUUAUCCAUCCCCUUAUUCUUAGCGACUUAUAUGAUAUACAACAAAAUAAAAAAUGAUAAUCAAAAUUUAAAUGUAUCAGAAAAAAUUUUGGGAAAGUAUCUAUAUAAACAUGAAAAAAAUUUACAACUUGGAAACCACUACGAUGAGGAAAAGCCAUAUAACAUUUUUUACAUUAUUAGUAGUGUAUAUAAUAAUAUACUAGCCUUGAUAAAUUUUUACAUGAAUGUAAAAAAAGUAGGCACAAAAAAUAGCACAAAUGAAUACACCAUAUUAUUUUUUCAUUCGUAUAAUGUGGAUAAAUUUUUACACGCAAGAAAUAUUAAAACUUAUGUUGAAAGGUUAAAGGAAAUAUAUAAGGACAUUAACAAAAAAAAUAACGUCAAUGUUGUGUACGUUCCAUUAGAUAGCAAACUAUUAUUUAAUAUUAAACAUUUUAGCACAAUGAAUAAUUGGUAUAGUAUAUUAUUUCACGAUAAGAAACAUAUAUUAAAAUUAAUUAAAAAUUAUAAUAUUAUGAACAUACCAACAAUGGUUUUACUAGAUAAAAAUAUGAAUAUAAUAAACGAUAAUAUAAAUUAUUUACUCUUGUAUGAGAGUAAACAUUUUCCCUAUAAAAAUGUUAACCAUUUGACUUAUAUCAAUUCGUUAUAUGACAAAAAUAAUAAAAAACACGAUUUUAAAAAAUUAAAUUCAGAUUAUGUCUUGUUCUAUUUUAACAAUGACAAAGAGAAUAAAGGAGACAUCCAGUCCCUCUUAAAGGUAAAGAAGAAACUAGCCUCCCAAAAUGUUAAGAUAGAUAUCAUUUUUGUAAAAGAUAUGGAAAAAAUGAAAUCCAAAAAGGAUGGAAAGGAAGAUGCAAAAGUGGAUGAGAAAAAAGUUUCUAAUCAAAGUGACAACGACAAAAGCUUAUCCAGUUCAAAUAAAAAGGAAGAAAAAUUAGAAGAGGGAAAAAAAGAUCCUACGGGAGAAGAACACACCCCUAUUCGCAGUAGUAGUCAAUACUCUAGGGAAGAAGAUCAAAUGGAAAAUUACAUAGAUGAUGUUUAUUAUUUGGGAGAGCAAGAAAAUAAUGCAAUUUACAAACUCUUGCUGUACGAUAUGUUUGAUGUGACAUUUAAACCUGUUUGCAUUUUGGUGAAUAAGAAGGGGAAUAUUAUAAUUAAAUACAUUCAUGUAGAGAAAAAGGAAAACGAAAUAGCUAGCUUUAUUUUAAAUAAUCAUAAAAGCUUAAAGGAAGAAGUUAAUGAAAAAAACUAUAUGUUUAAAUAUGAUAAUAUUAGCAAUUUAACCAAUUUAAAUGUUUUCGCACCAAUUUUUAUUUUAUUCAGUGAAAAGCUAGAUUUCGAUUUGCUAAAACAGUAUAACGAAUUAAUUGGUGAGUAUAAUAAUAACAGAAAGGGAAAAAAAAUUAAUUUCUACUUUCUGCUCAAUAAUGAUAAAAAGUACGAGGCUUUAAAAAAAUUAUGCACAGUUAACAGCACUACAGAAGUUGUUAUAUUGGACUUGUUUAACCAAAAGAUGUUUAAAGAUAAGGUAAACAACCUUGACAUAAUACAGAACAUUAAUGGAAAAGGCGUAAUUAACAAGGAUAAAUUUUUCACCUUCGUAAACAAGUAUUAUAGCGAUGAUCUGUACGCCUCUACCAUUGUUUUAUCUAGGGAAGCGUAG